GCGGCGGCUGACAGCGCUGCUGCUGCGCUUGCUGCAGGUCUCUUUCCCUGAGAAGCCAGGGAAGGGAGGGAAAGGGAGGAGGGCUUCCAGCUCCCCCUUGUUAUUACUAUUAUUAUUUAUGUAUCAUCAUCAUCAUCAUCAACGUCAUUAUUAUUGGUUGACUGACUCCUCGCCUCGCAGGUCCACCCGCCCAGCUCGGAUUUAGGAUUAACUCGCCGGGUGAGAGAUGAUCCGGACUGGAUUAUUCCAGGACCCUUAAGAGCAGUCUUUCCUGGUGCUAAAAGACAGCCUUGAGCCAUGGAGACUCGGACGCCCCACAGCCACACCGUGGUUCCCAGUGCCACCAUAGUGCAACCUCUCCUGGACAGCCGGAUCCCCUAUGGCAGGCUCCAGCAUCCCCUGACCAUCCUACCGAUUGACCAAAUGAAGACCUCACAUAUUGAGAAUGACUACAUUGACAAUCCCACCAUGGUCCAGAUGGCUGCUCAAAAACACCCUCAGGGCCACCACGAAGCCACCCACCCACCCCGAUGUGAGCCGGACGUCACCCAUCCAUGGAUCUCUUUCAGUGGUCGGCCCAGCUCCAUCAGCAGCAGCAGCAGCACCUCUUCGGAUCAAAGGCUUUUGGAUCACAUGGUGCCGGCUCCAGUGGUAGACCAGUCCUCCUCUUCCUCCUCUUCUUCCCCAAGGCCUAUUAGGAUACAGCCCAAGGCCAUUAACUGCAAGCCCCUGGAUCUGAAAGGGCCACCCACCCCUCAGGAACUGGACAAGCAUUUUCUGUUGUGUGAAGCCUGUGGGAAGUGCAAGUGCAAGGACUGUGCUCUACCCAGGACUUUGCCCUCCUGUUGGGUCUGCAACCAGGCCUGCCUGUGCUCGGCCCAGAACCUGGUCAAUUACUCCACCUGCAUGUGCCUGGUCAAAGGUGUCUUCUACCACUGCACCAAUGAGGAUGAUGAGGGCUCCUGUGCGGACCACCCUUGCUCUUGCUCCCAUUCGAACUGCUGUGCCCGCUGGUCUUUCAUGGGUGCCCUCUCCCUGGUCCUUCCAUGUUUGCUCUGCUACCUGCCGGCCACUGGCUGCGUGAAGCUGUCGCAGCGCUGCUAUGACCAAGUGAGUCGGCCCGGGUGCCGGUGUAAAAACACAAACAGCGUGAUUUGUAAACCAUCCCCUGACAAGAAAGUUGGCAGCAGACCAGAGAAGCCAUUUUGAUCUCUGGGGAGACUGAGUCGCGGGUGGGAAAGUGUAGAAAAACACGGCAGGAAGAGAGUUUCAUAACCUGUGUUGCCAGGAGAAUGUAUGUCAGCCUUUUUUUGCUUUCAACAAACAAAGAAAACAAAAUGUCUUUCCAGGAACUGAAGCACUUUGGAAUAUUCAGGGUUGUGGAAGUGGUGUGAUCCAUAGUCAUACAGCAGAGCGCUGAAGGCUGUGUUUAAAUAUUUUGCAGAGGAAAGGCAGACAUUUGCUCCAUAGGGCAAGUGGUGGGCUGUAUCUGUUCUGGUUUUUAGUGAUGACCAUGUGCUAAGUCUACAUACUGCAAAGAUAAUUAACCAAUAGGCUUGGCAGGUACCUCUAGCUGGAACAAGGAUAUUUAGUUCAGGGGUCCCUUUGUUUUACAUUUUAUUUUUACUAGUAGGCUGGUGGCAGGAAGAGGUUAAAUUUCUCAACACUUUAACAAGAGCAUUUGCCUUCCCCAUUAAGUAAAACAUACACAGAGAGAAUGUGUUUCUAUAUAUUGUGCAAGUUCUUUUGGCUGACCUCUGUAAUUCUGACUUGGUUCAUAGAAAUCCCUAUUAUGACCUCCUUGGUACAGCUAUAAGCCACUGAGGCACAGCUAUGCGAUCUGAAAAAAAGUAGCAACUGUACCAGUUCCUCUUUUAUAAAAAUAUAUUUAGAAACUCCUUUCUUCCCCCUUUUUAUUUUCUAAGCAUAAACAAAAAUGUAUCCUAAUGAAUAGCUAUAAUGGCAUGCUCUAUUCCUUGUCCAACCUCAUCUGCUUUUAUGAAAGACAAUGGGGCAGUGUGUGAGAGAGGGGGGAGGAGGGAGCGAUGAACCUCAUUUUGCCCAUGACUCCAAGAUCUCAAACAGGCAACCAGUUAGUGGAACAUAAUCCACUGACUUCAAUGGGGCUGACAACAAUAUAAGGCUUGAUUCUCAAAUGCUAUGCCAAGCCUUGAAGCUGAAGUUUGGUCAGUGAAGUUUCUACCAGUGGGAAUGUUUGGGGGUCUUGAGGCCCUACUUAGCAAUGCACUCAAGGUGCAGGUGGUUCUGAGCACACGUUUUGCAUCAGUGGAUUAUAUGGCAUGAUCAAACAGGUAAUUCAGGAUAUCACACAAACUAAGAUCUUCCUAAGGGGGGGAAGGAGUCUCACAAACAAUUUGAGAUUGAUGUUAAUUAUGAUGGAUAAAAUAAAGCUACACAUGCCUUUUAAAGCUUUUUUUUUUAAAACAACAAUCCUUACUUUGCCCAACCUCUACUUUGAACUUGAAUGGUCAGUGCAAAAACGAGCACAGUAUAUUUGUAUAUACGUUGGUUUGUUUUUUUUAAAUAGGCAUCAGUGCAACCUUGGGCUCCCAUGAAAGAUAGAUUUGUUUGGGAAGAAUCACAUUUGCUCAGUAUUUAAACUCAGAUUUACUGUUGCUGCUCAACUUUUUUGUUUCUUCUGUAUAAUAGCAUAUCUUUGUAAAUACAGGGAAAUUUCUCAGAUGUCUCCUUUAGUGCUAAAUACUUCGUGGCAAAACCAGGUUGGGGUGGGGGAGCAGGGAGAGACUAAAGGUGCACAGUUCUUACAGAUUGCCCAGUUACCUGCCUGUAAUGUGCUUCCUCAGCUUUGUACUUUGGGGAUGUGUUGGGUUACAAUUCCUAUAAUCUCCAGCCAACAUAGCCACUGGCCACCCUACCUGUGGAUGCUAGGGUUGCUGCAGCGCAACACACCUGGAGAGCACCAACCCAAGAAGGCAAAUCAAUAUGCUCAUACCUGACAUGGUUGUUUCAUGUAAGGCUGUUAAAUUUCAUUUGUUAGGACAAGUACUCCUAUUCAAGGCCAGUGCUGCAUUCACUUAAAACAGGUUUGGGAAUCUUGGAGCACUCUAUAUGUUGUUCAGAUACAACUCCCAGCAUUCCUUGCCAUCCACUGUGCUGGCGAUAGGGCUAACAGCAGCUGCAGCCCAAUAGCAGCUAGAAUUGCAGGCAUCUAGAUUCCCACUCCUAUCUUAAAGUGGAUUCACACUAUCUUCAUGACUACCAGAAGGUGCUAUACAGAAAACAAUGGCUCACUCAGGCUGCAUCUACACUCUAGAAUUCAUGCAGUUUGACACCGCUUUAACUGUCAUGGCUUAAUGCUAUGGAAUUUUGGGAUUGUACUUUUGAGAGAUAUUUUGGCCUGU